AAAAUGCUGAAUUUCCAAGCCAUAAAGUUCUACGUGGGAAAUUAAGUACAAAAAUACAAGAACUUUUUAGAAUUAGUAAUCGGCAUGAAAGAAGAUAUUGGGCAGGGACAUGGUGGUUAAUUGAAUUACUUCAUAUAACCGUCUGCCCUGCCGCAAUUCUCAUUAAAGCAGGACUCAGUGCCAACUACUUUACAGUGACAGCUAAUAGUGAUUAUGAUAAAUUUCUGCAAAAACUUUUGGACAAUAAAAAAGUUUGUCAUAAAUCUCCUAAAUUAGAUGCAAAUAUAUUAGAUCUAG